GGAUGUACGUAAACCGAGUAGAGCCGCGUCGCGGAGGACGAUAAGACGCGUGCGCGCUAGAGCAAGCCCGCCGCUCUCGCGCGCGAGAUCGAGGAGCGUCGAGGAGCGUCGAGGAGCGUCGAGGAGCGUCGAGGAGCGUCGAGGAGCGUCGAGGACUGCCUUGGUACACACGUCCACGCCAGGACUCCUCCGCUCUAUUGGGGCGGUGCGACCGAUUAAAGUUCCGGCCGGUCGGCCACGUCCAAUUAUUCGUGCGGCAUGCGCACGGCGGCCGAGGCCUCCUUCGCCGCCGGCUCUUGUUCGCGAUCGCCGUCGCUCGUUAAUCGCCGUCUAUCGUUGUCAGCGAGCAAGGUCCACCGUCGCCUCGGCCCGAACCACCGUCGUCGUCGCGGCAGCACCGACUCUUCUACACCGCCGGUCGGCCAUAUCGGCACCACGCUGGCUGCGUUCGGUUCAGCGCGCAACGAUGCUGAGCCUCUUCGAGAGCGUCGCCUACAUCCCGAAGCUCUACUACGGUGCACUGCUGGGAAUCGGCUUCUGCAUCUACUACCUCUGCGAGGUCGUCAAGACACCCUUGCUGGUUUGCGCCAAUGGACCAUUCCGCUCGUUUUUGGAAGCAAACAUUCCGCUUGUGCAAAAUAAAUUCUGGCCGACAUUAUGGUGUUUCGAAUCACGAGCACAGACCAUUUUAGCCAGUGUCUUGAGAUCACGGAUAUUGCCCGACGUCGAAUAUCGCAGAGAAAUUCUCACUCUGUCCGAUGGGGGUGAAGUGGCCUUGGAUUGGGCUGAGAAAGAUUGCUCCGUCACGUCGCCGAUCGUCAUCAUUUUACCUGGCCUUACGGGUGGUAGUCAAGCAGAAUAUAUCAAGUGUUUGGUAUCAGCCGCGAGAAAAAUUGGGAUACGAUGCAUGAUUUUUAACAAUAGAGGCUUAGGCGGAUUAGAACUCAAGACUCCGCGAACAUAUUGUGCCGCCAACUAUGAUGAUUUAAGUGAAGUCAUAGAGCACGUGAGAAAACUUCAUCCCCAUGUAACUCUCGGAGCAACCGGGAUCUCUAUGGGAGGGUUGAUCUUAGGUAAUUAUCUAGCUCAAAAAGGCUUAACAGCAAAGACCAAAUUAAGAGCGUGUCUCAUUAUCUCGGUGCCAUGGAACGUAUUCGCCGCAACAAAGAAUAGCGAGGAAAAUUAUUUUAAUCUAAUGUUGAAUAAACAUUUAGCUAGUAAUAUGUGUCGCACGAUAGAACGAUAUCAUAGUUCUGAUAUCUUUGGCUCUUUGGACAUCGAUUCUGUCCUUAAGAGCCAAACAAUAAGAGAAUUCGAUUCAAAUUUUACGGUAAGGCACUUUGGAUACAAAAAUGUCGACGAUUAUUACAACGACGCGACGCUCCACAGCAAGCUGCACCUGAUCCAAGUUCCGACUCUGUGUCUCAGCGCGGCAGACGAUCCAUUUCAACCGUUGCAGGCGAUACCUCUGAAGGAGAUAAGCCAGACCAAAAACGUGGCGGUAGUGGUAACAUCGCGCGGUGGACACAUUGGUUUCCUCGAAGGCGUGUGGCCGGUCAGAGAAGAGCAAUACAUGGGAAAAUUCUUUUCGCAAUAUUUCACGGCGAUGUUCACUAGCAAUUUUGACUAACGGGACGUUUGACGCAAUUAUCGAUCGCCAACUUCGACCGUCUGGCGUCGGCAGAUAUGUCCCACGAUAUCGUUUAUCUUUUUAAUUUUUUUGACAAGCUGAAGUGUGAUCAAAUUUAAUCUAGCAUGAUGAACUCCGUAUCAUUUUUAUAUUACGUUGUAACGCAAAACUUGGAAUUGUACUUUAUUGGCUUAAAAGGCCAAUUAAUUCCAAGUUCUGUAAUAUAACAUUUUAUGAAGUAUUAGACUUCACACUUAUAAAGUAAGAAAAAGAUUUUGUUAAUUGUGACAACGUUUAAUGCACAGUUUAAUUUUCCUUGUUAUAUCCAUAGUAAUAAAAAUUAUAACUUUUCCAGGACCACACGCGUAUUCUACUAAUCAAAAUUUUUUCUUAUUAAUAUACGUUAUAUCUUUAUUAUAAUCAACAGUUGAAAAGUUAUGUUAUUCUCAUGUUAAAAUAUUAUAAAUUUAUAACUGUUUUAUUUAUUAUUACAAUUUGUAUACGAAAAUAACAAUUUUACUCUGCAUCUACAUCGAAUUUUUCGAACAAUUGAAAACAAUUGAAAAAAUAUAUUUGUUGUUUUAUUUAAAAACAGUAAUGAAAACGAUCAAUUAUCAUUCAAAAUGUAAUGCAUUUAUAACACAAUGUUACAUAAAAAUAAUAUAAUUUUGAUAUGUUCGA